UUAUAUGUUGCGUGAACUUUCACCUCUGUUCCCACAGCCACGCAUUAUCGUGUUGUUUUUUUACAGGACAGUGACAACACUAACACGAUCUUUAAAUUUGAGUAUGCAUCGACUUUUGAGCUUUUAGGCAUUUAUUCAUCAACGAAUCGCGUUUUGCACAGUGUUUGUUGCACACCAUCUGUUGCAGCCACAUGGAAACUUAUAUCAGCUUCACUAACCAAAGUCAAGGAAGGGAUCGCAUAUUCAGAGCAACACAAUAUGCAUGUGCUUUGGCGAAAUACCUUCUGAGAAAUGAAGCGAAGAGAAAAGAGCUGGUCAAAAAGCUGCAAUCUCUGGAGUCUAAUAUGAGUUCUGGGCGGAAGCUACUCAGGCUUGGGAACACCGUCAACUCGAUCCAUGCAGCCAAGAGCACUCUUCAUAUUUCUGACCCCAUGCUGCGCUUUUGCCUUACUUUUGCCAACCUCAACCGUGCCUUGUAUUUCAUCUGUGACAACUUACUGUGGGCCAGAAGUAUUGGGCUAAUACGUGACCUCGACAAGGAGCAGUUGAGCUUGAACUCCACUCGCUUCUAUUUCCUAUCAUUGGUUAUGAAUCUCACAAGAGACGUCUAUGUGAUCAUCCGGCUUAUGGUGCAGAAGUCUCAGGAACGACACUUCCAGCAAAAAGUUGACCAGCACCUCAAUGAAAGCCCGGAUGUGGCUUGUGUCAUAGUGCCUCAGCUUGAUGCGUUCCUCUUCCUUCUGAUCGAGAGCCUCAGGAAUGAACCAUCUGUGGCUCUCGAUACAGUUAAAAAUGUUUGUGAUCUUUUCAUUCCACUUGACAAACUGGGCUUUUACCAAACAAAUGCAGGGGUGGUGGGCUUCUGUGGCCUCGUUUCUUCUCUUUUAGGUAUAUUGUCAGUUUUGAGGCCCAGCCUCAAAAUCAAGCCAUGAUUUAGGGAAUGAGGAACAUCCAAAAUAUCUAGAACCUUUCUAACAAAUGUUUCAAUUUCAUUUUAGUGUGGAAUUAGGCUACUAUUAAGCUUACUUUUGUAAAGGAAUCAACUUAAUUGUAUAAAGUAGAAAGGAGAACAGCACAUAACCAUAAUGCAACAUUGCACCUGCAGGGCUGUUCUGCACAACAUAAAA